CUUUGUAAAGAGUUUUUGUGUGGCGAGUUAUAGAAGCUGGCUUUUAAUGAAACCUCGAUAUGAAUAAUGAAUACAUUGACGACCCUCAAUAUAAUCUUUACAUUUUAGAUCUUUUAACCCGCGAGAGGAUCAAUCUACCAACUUUCGAAUCGGAAACCGGACUCGCUUCUCCGAUAUUAUGGAUAGACGAGAAAACCAACUAUUACCUAGUUAUUGGAAUGGUUGAUGAAAAAAAUGCGAUUUCUUUCAAGAGAGAACGCAGCUCGUGGAAACAAAUUCCUCUUAUGUUAGAUAUCGCAGAGUGUUUUGACAUGGUUUACAAUGAUCACAAGCUUUAUUGUCUCAACUAUUAUAAAGUCAAGAUUUUGGAUUUUUCUAGAGAAAAUCCAGUUCAAGAUUUCAAAACUAGCGUACGUGGAUGCAUACUAAUAUCUUCCGGUUUUGGCAUGAGACUUCCUGGAAUUCCAUGGGAGGUCCAGAGAGCUUACUAUAAGGAUCGUAUAGUAGUCACUGUAGGUGGAGAUGUUUUAAUUGUUAAGGGCCGACGUCCAAGAUUGUGCCGAAUAUGGAACUUUGAAAUCUACAAGAUGGGUUCGUCGAAGGGGGACAAGUGGAAGGAAAUUUUUUCUUUGGGAGACAAAGCAAUUCUUUUGGAUAUGGGUAUCACAGUGCGCACCAAAGACAUUAAAGGAAUCAAGAGAAAUUCGAUCUACUUCAACGGCAAUGACCUUGAUGGUAUAUAUGACAAAAACAAUGUUUUCAUAUUCAGUCUCGAUACAAAGAAGGUUGAACAAACACACUACUUUGUUUCUUUGUCCAUUUUAUGCAAUGACGCGAGAUGGUUCUUACCAAGUUUCAAACGAUAA